AUGGGGGAAACCAAGAAACAGAAACAGCUCCAUCUUGCGGGCUUCAUCUUCUCGGGUCGGGCGACACAAGCAUGGCGACAUCCCGAGAUCGACGCUCACCAGAGCCUCGACGUGGACUAUUACAUCGAGUAUGCCCAACUGGCGGAAAAAGCCAAGUUUGACACACUCUUCCUCGCGGACGGCGCGUCCUUACACCUCGAGGAUGUGGAGAAGCACUACUGGAGCAUCAGCACGUUUGAACCCGUCACACUGUUCUCGGCCAUUGCGGCGCGAACGAAACACAUCGGGCUCGUAUACACGGCCAGCGUGACGGACAACGAGCCGACCCACGUGGCGCGGCAACUGGCGUCUUUGGACCACAUCAGUCAUGGGAGAGCAGGGUGGAACGUGGUCACGACGCCCGGCCCAGGCACGGACAACCUGGGCAUCUCCAAGCAGGAGACGUUCGACAGUGCGGCCAAGUAUAAACGGGCCCGGUCGUUUCUGAACAUUGUGAGAGCCUUGUGUGAUAGCUUCGAGGAGGACGCGCUGGUGCGCGACAAGAAAACCGGCAUUUACGCCGACCUGUCGAAAAUCCACCCUCUCCACGUCGACGACGGGCUGUAUAAGAUCGACUCGCCUCUGCGCAUCGAGCGUCCUCCUCAGGGCCAUCCGGUCAUCGCGCAGGCAGGCACGUCGCCCGAAGGCGUGGCUUUUGGAGGCUCGUCGGCCGACUUGAUCUACUGCGCCAAUUACUCCAUCAAGGACGGCCAGGAGACGUUCCGGAAGCUCAAGGCCGCCGCGGUGGCAGCAGGCCGAAAGCCCGAGCAUUUGGUCAUCUUGACCGGCGUCGCCGUCAUCUGGGGCCCGACGCAAGAAGUGGCCGAACGGCGCUUGAAAGAACUCACCGAGCUCUGGCCCAUUGAAGCCGCAGUGCAGAAUCUCGGGAUCGAUUUCGGAGCCGCGAACCUCGACGACCCUUUCCCUGACCACUAUGACAUAGGCGGGAUCCGGUCCAGUGGCAGAGCAGCGGCCAUUGCAUCGUUCGCUCGAGACAACAAAUUGACCAUCCGCCAAACUGCCGAGCGCUGUUCCAUCGGUCUCGGCCACCGUCCUUUGGUGGGCACGACUCAGAGCAUAGCUGAUGAUUUGCAAGCCUGGCUGGAGGCCGAGGCUACAGACGGCUUUGCAGUGAUUCAGCCACGACUGAUCGAUGGACUGCGCGAUUUCACUGAGCAUAUUGUGCCGGAGCUGGUCCGCCGCGGUUUGUUUCGCACGGAAUACGAAGGCAAGACCCUUCGAGAGAACCUGGGGAUUCCCAAGCCAGAGAACAUUUAUUCCAGGAAGAAAGUGGCCAGUUAG